CUCUUCUGGAAUAGUAAUUACCUCUUCGACCCGAGCCGUCCUCUCAGUCGCCGUGGGACACUGGCGAUAGCAACUCCCAGAACCCAGGGACAUGUCCGUAACUCGUUCCUGACAGUGUCCGCGCGGCGGUAUCAUCCUUCCUCCGAUAGAAAUCAUUUCUACGCGCAGAGAGACGUGACGCCGUGGUACAUCGCAGGGAUAAUAGCCGCGGCCGGGAUUCAAUCAAAAUGAAGUUCUCCUGGUGGCUUGGAUUAUUCGCCCUCUUCCUGGCAACGUACACUUGCCAAGGAUCUACUCUUGGCGAGAAAGUAAAAAACUUCUUCGGUAUUUUUGGCAAUAAACCUCCGGAUAGCGCGGACGCGCCUGGGCCAUGUUUUUGCAGCUGCGGCGUGCGAAACGAAGAGAGUCGCAUAGUCGGCGGUCAAACGACUCGCAUGAAUGAAUUCCCGUGGAUGGCCCGACUUUCGUAUUUAAACAAGUUUUACUGCGGCGGGACAUUAAUCAACGAUCGCUACGUUUUGACAGCAGCUCAUUGUGUCAAAGGCCCCAUUUUCAGGUUCAUGUGGUUCAUGAUCAAGGUCACGUUCGGCGAACACGACAGGUGCGUCGAGAGAGGAUUCGAGACCAGAUACGUGGUCAGAGUGUUAACCGGCGAUUUCAGCUUCCUCAAUUUCGACAAUGACAUCGCGCUGUUGCGUCUCAACGAACGAGUACCACUCAGCGACACCAUUAGACCCAUAUGUCUCCCGUCAGUAAGAGAUAAACAAUACAUCGGGACGAAGGCAAUCGCGUCCGGUUGGGGAACCUUGCACGAGGACGGGAAACCUUCUUGCCUGCUGCAGGAAGUCGAGGUGCCAGUUAUGAGCCUUCAGGAGUGUCGCAACACCAGCUACAGCCCGCGUAUGAUAUCCGAUAACAUGAUGUGCGCUGGAUACGUCGACGGCAAGAAGGACUCCUGUCAGGGAGACAGCGGUGGGCCACUGAUAACCGAACGGGAGGACAAGAAAUACGAACUGAUAGGAAUAGUGUCGUGGGGAAACGGAUGUGCUCGGCCAGGAUAUCCCGGUGUCUACACUAGAGUUACGCGAUACAUAGACUGGAUAGUUUACCAUUCGCGUGAGGGAUGUUUCUGUGAUCAGAAUACGAAAAAGCCUUUGGACUCUCGAAGAGAUGCGGGUAACGAUAAUACCGCUAUACAAGAGAAACCGACUGAUCGAACGGGGCCCAGUACCGUUUUGACAGUCGCGCGAAAAGCCAUGAAGCCGCAAAACUUCCUGAAAUGCCUCGUCUGCGGUCUCCUGUUCACCUUCGCGCCGAAAUCGAUUCGUUGCGACGAAGCCGGCUUCUCCGAAACGAGCGACGAUUUGAGAGAAACGCGCGGCGUUCUAGACUUCCUAUUCGGCAGAUUCAAAACUUGUGGCAAUUGUCUUUGUGGACGACCAAAUCGGGUCGGUGAAGCACGAUUCCUCGGUGGAGAAUAUACAAUACCGCACGAGUUCCCAUGGCUUGCGAACAUUCACGUGAGAUCGCAGUUGCUUCUAAGCGGAGUCCUGAUAAACGAUCGUUACGUGCUAUCGUCCGCGAGCCAACUUCUCGGUGCCACGGCACCAGAGAUAAAGGUAUCCCUUGGAGAAUAUGAUCGAUGCAAUCUGGACGUAUCCUCGACGACGGUUAGCGUCGAAUCCUUAAUCCUUUACCCAGAAUAUAAUCCGGAGUCUCAUGCUCAUAACUUAGCGUUAAUUAAAUUGAGUCAGACAAUUAAAUUCAACAGAAGGAUAUCGCCCAUUUGUAUGCCAAAUCCAGGUUCAACGUAUCUCGGGCAAGUCGGAACGCUGGUUGGAUGGACAGUGGGAAAUACAGAGGACAGAAACAAGAAUCAAACUUGUCGACCACGAAAAUUGGGCCUUCCGAUUUUGGGUUACAAUGAAUGCAUAAGGUCGGGAAUUAAUCUUAUGAAUUUCCACAACGAUUCCGGAUGCGCUGGCAUACUAGGCGGAAGUUCUAUUGUGUGCGAGAAUGACGACGGAUCUUCCGUACAAUAUCGUUCGUACGUUGGUGUUUAUGAUCUAAUCGGCAUCAUCUCAGAUGUUAACAAAUGUGAUCGCAGUCCCGCAGUCUCGGUAUUCACGAGAGUCGGACCGCAUUUAAAUUGGAUACUACAACAGACCAAAGAUGCGUGCUACUGUCCAAAAUGACAAAACGCGUUCUAACGAAUUUUAUUAUAAACACUAUUCUUGGGAAGGGUAAAUAAAAUGAAAACAGCAUUCGCGUUUUGUUGUA